UACACUGUUUUUUGGCAAUUGCUUAUCUAAUUAUAAGCUUCUCGUUAUUUGUUAUAAGUAAUUAUGGUAAAAAUAACUGAGGAGCUGAUACGAAAAAAAUCGGAGCAUAAUGAAGGCAUUAUUGGAACUUUAGAAGAAUUAUCUCUACAUCAAGAGGAUGUAGACAAAAUAGAGAAUCUGAACAAUUGGUGUAAGGAUUUACAAAUUCUUUUACUCCAGGCAAAUCUCAUUUCUAAAAUAGAAAAUUUAAACAAGUUAAAAAAGUUGGAAUAUUUAAAUUUAGCGGUGAAUAAUGUUGAAAAAAUAGAAAAUUUAGAGAGAUGCGAAUUUUUGGAAAAAUUAGACUUGACACUGAAUUUCAUCGGGGAUUUAGAAAGUGUAGCUUCUCUAAAAAACAACUUGCACUUAAGACAUUUAUAUCUGACCGGAAACCCAUGUACCAAUUAUGAAGGUUACAGAACUUACGUUGUUGCAGUUUUACCUCAACUGCAAACUUUAGAUGGAGUGGAAAUUACUCACUCCGAAAGAAUCAAGGCGCAACAGGAUUUUGAAAACAUAACACCUAAAAUAAGAAAAGCUCAAAAGGAAUAUGAACUAUUUCGAAAAGAACAGAAAGAAAGAUUAUGUAAAGGACAUGAUGAUUUGACUGAUGAGGAGUUCUGGGCUACGAAAUCCGAACAUGCUCCAGAAAUAAGGGUUGAAAUGGCAAUGAGAUCAAGAAAAUCACGUAACACCGACGAAGAAAAGGAUAAAGUUAAAAAACCUUGUGUUCGCUUAUAUAAUAAGGAGGGGAGACCGUUAAAUAUUAAUCAAGCUAAACUGAAGUUUAAAUUUUGCGACGAGGAUCCUAAACAAUACGUUUUAGAUAUUGCCAUUUACAAAUAUCUCGAUACAAGUUUAAUAGACGUAGAUUUACAGCCGAUCGUUGUUAAAGUUACUAUUAAGAAAAAAGUGUUCCAGUUCGUUUUACCGGAGGAAAUAUAUACAGAUAAAAGUGUUGCACAAAGAUCUCAAACGACAGGACAUUUGGUGAUAACGAUGCCUCGAAUGAAUUACAAGGAAUGGAAAGAAACUAGGCAAAAAAACAAACCGAAAAAAAUUAACGACAAUACGAAAAGGCAUGAAUACUUAGAAAUCACUGGUAAACAAAAUGAAAUGGACUUUAGUAACAUAGUGAGUAAAAUUGACGAAAAGACAUUAAUACAGCAGAUACCACCUUUGGAAUAUUUUUAA